UGCAUUGCUUGCCAAACAAGCCGUCCUUGCACCCCAAAUGACAACCAAGGUGAAAGGCCUUUUAAAAGGCCUGAGAUAUAUUUCGCAAAUAUUCGAUCCAAAUAUUAAAGAACCUGAGAUGCAGAUUGGUUUCCCCACCGACGUAAAACAUGUGGCCCACAUAGGGUGGGAUGGUCCCUCUACAAAUGCCCCAAGUUGGAUGAAUGAGUAUAGAUCUUCACCUGAAUUUUCAUCUGCGACAUUGGAUGCCGACUCCCUGAAUAAUAAAUCUGCUUGUCAAGAUUUACUUCGCUCUGGAGGCCAAGGCUCCACAGCUAAAGACUUACCAGAAUUGCCAUUGCCAAAGCCAUCGAGACGCAAACAGUCUUCCAGUGCUCCCCCUCCUGAUUCUCCAACGCUCGAGUCCUCUAACAAACCAAAGCAAUCUAAGCGACAUCAGUCUGCUGGCAAAUCAACUGAAACACCCAAGCCUUCGAGGCGGCACCAGAGUUCUGGCGAAGGGGUGGAAUCACCCACGAAAGACCCAUCUGGGACCUCAAAGAAUGGACGACGGAGGAAGUCCAAGGGAUCGUCUGGUAGUGGGUCAACAAGAUCAUCGAGAUCGAAAGAUAAAUCUGCCGCUUACUCAGAUCCUGAUGUGAAGAACUUGGAGCAAAAUCUGGCUCUAAAAUCCAUAGAAGAAGAAGAAGAAAGGGUAUGAUGUGCUUGAGAAAUUCAUGAUCUGUAUAGAAAUUUACAAAAAAAAAAAAAAGUAAUUUCAAGUCUGAGGUCAUAUUUCUCUUCCAAAUACUCAGAUUGGCUCAUGUGAUUAGUUGAUGAAAAGCAAACAAAAACAUAGGUAUUAAAUUCUCUUAUGCAUACUAUCUAAUUCUUUCUACUGAGUGGGGUGAUAAGGUACAGAGAAUGGGAUCCUUGUAACAAAUGAAAAAUAGAAAAUCUUUGGUCUAUGAUUC